AAACCGCAAGAGCCAGACGUUUUAAGGCAUUUGGAGCACUCUUUGAAAACUGUUCUCUCGUAAAAGAAGAAUUUGGAAGUCGACCAGGGAAGGCUUUGUAUAACAGUGCCAAGCAAAAUUUCUCAGCGACAUCUCCGCAAAUUAACGCUAUAGCAGUUGGCAGGCUACAAAAAAACACAGCAGGGAUCAGCAAGAAUUUUUGCCGUAUGUAUGGAAAUGAACGAUUGCUAGUUGUCUGGGGGUGAUUUUUGCCUCUGCUAAAGCCAAACGGGUAACUGCAACACAGGAAAUUUCACAGAUAUGCCGGGAUACGAGGUGAAGUUUACAUCGCCUUUGGACAAGGCGUUCGAGUGCCCGAUUUGCCUGAUAGCUCUUCGAGAACCGGUACAAAUAACUCCUUGUGGACAUAGAAUGUGUAGUACCUGCCUACAACCAAUUUUAAAGUAAGUACAGAGACAGGAUUUUUCUUAUUAGUUGUGCAUGAACCUUCUAAUUCUGGUAUAUUCUGAGUGGAAGUCAAUAAGUUGCAUGAUUCCAUGACGAGAGCGGUAAGUUACGACUUCAUGCCAUUGAAAAUUCAGUCUCUGAAGCUCGAUGAAUGUCUUAUACCUACUUUGCCACGAAAACCGGACACCUGACGCACACAGACAAUUUCCAGGAAGAUUUUCAUACGCGGAAAAAAUAGGAAUGUCCUACGAGCUGGUUAAACUGUCUUUGCCUUGCGCUGCUCUCUCUCGCCCCGCGUUCGCAAGCUUAUUUUCACCGUUCCUAAGGUUUCUGAUAGAGAAAACCCUCCAAUGUAUCCUAUGUUCUAUAUUUUAUAUAUUUCAGUCAAGAAAACUAUUAUAAUUAUAAUUGCUAGUAGAAAUGCACACUCAGAGACUUUCGAACACUUAAUUCGAUCUUGAUCGAUCUUGAUUCUUCAAUCUUGUUCCGUAGCAGUCUUUACGGCCUGCCAAUGCUCAAUGUACGUUCAUUUUCCCACAGAAAUAAAAGGCCUCGCUGCCCACUCGACAAUCUGAACUUUGAUCCUGUGAAGGUAAGUCGCUAUAACCUCGCUUUUGUAAUUGUUCUGGAACGGUGCUCUGUAAUAAAACUGAAAGGAUUGUUUCGCUAACCUGCAUUGCAGGACUGAUCUUUUCAGGAAUAGGGCAUAUUCAGGGGCCUGGGUAGGAUCCUAAGUAGUGUGGUCCGUGAUAGGAUAUAGAAUCGAGAAAAAUUAAUCCGUGGUAUAAAAAGAUGUCUAAGUUUACUAUCAGUUUGGGAGAGGUCUAAGAUUUUUGGUGAUCCAUGGAAUCGAAUAGGAUUGCAAUGCAACUUACAGCUAAGAGUGGUAUAGGCUAAGGAAUCCAGGGUCCCAGGGGCACACCUCCCGCAACCAAUUCAAACAUUUACAGAGAAUUCCCUGGGCGCAGUUGGUCUUAGGGCUUAAGGUGGCUCCGUAAUUAAUACUAGAGCAUUUUACUGUGACAAAUUUUCCGUCAUAACUUUUUGGUUUUUAACGCGAUGGCUGCGAAACUUUGCAACGAACAACAGAUAUCAUUCGGCAAUAGUAAGAAAUAUUCCGAUUUCAUUGAUGGUAAAUAUUUCUUGAGAAAUUAGCGCUUAAAAGGACCCUACUGUUCAAUGAAAAUCGCGUCUAGUAAAAAAUUUUGCUGAUAUUUUUUACUGAAAUUUCUGGUAUCGGCUUUAAUUGAUAUAAUAAAUAUGCCAGAGGAAUUUCAGAAAAAUCGUUGGAGCAGAAGUCCGUAACUAAAACUCGCUCAAAAUUCAGCUGUGAAAUUGUUCAGGAAUUUGAAAACUAAAUUACUAUCAGGAAGAAGGAGCCACCAGUUUCAAUUUUCGGGAAAGUAAAUUCAACGUUUGCUAAUUCUUAAAACAAAAGCCGAUUGCCUAUCGCGCUAUUCUUUAAAAGGUACUUUUUAGUUUUAGAAGCACUAUAAAUUGCUCCAAACCUUGCUCUGAAGUAGAAUGACUUGUUCUUCGACAGUUUUAAAAUAUCCCCUUGCAGUUUUGGCUCAAACUCCUGCUGCAUACAUUUUGAUGCAUUGCAAUGCAUUUUCAACGACUUUUACUGCUGUUCGUUGCUUCCAACUCAGGAAAAAAGUAUUGAGAUUGGACGCUACCUCGUAUCAAAGCUCAGAUAGAACUGUCCAGCACCUUUGUUUAUGACUACAAAAUGAGCACGAGCGGCAGUUCGGCGAGGAAUUCGCACCUCACCCAGGGGGGACGAACGACAAUGAUGACCAUGCCUGUGAAGCGAAUAACAUCACAGUGCAAAAUAAAAUUAUCGCAAAAAUACUGCCCGUGAAUAAAUUUAUAACUCUGAAAUUUUUGUCACUCCUUCCUUCAAUGAAUGGGUAUUUUUUUCUUCAUUAUUAUGUUUUGCUCUGCAAUACAUGUUUAUACAGAUCGGUUCACAGACAUGGGCAUCAUUGUCAUUCGUCCCCCCUGGCUGAGGUGCGAAUUCCUCGCAGAGCUGCCGCUCGUGCUCAUUUUCUGGUCAUAAACAAAGGUGCUGGACAGUUCUAUCUGAGCUUCGAUACAAGGUAGCAUACAAUCCCAAUACCUUUUUCCUGAAUUGGAAACAACGUAAAGCAGGAAAAGCCGUUGAGGAUGCAUUGCAAUACAUCAAAAUGUAUGUAGCAAGAGUUUGAACCAAAACUGCCAAGGGAUAUUUUAAAAAUGUCGAGGAACAAGUCAUUCGACGUCAGAGCAAAGUUUGGAGCAAUUUAUAGUGCUUUUAAAACUGAAAAGUACCUUUUAAAGAAUAGCACGAUAGGCAAUCGGCUUCUGUUUUCAGAAUUAGCAAACGUUGAAUUUACUUGUCCCGAAAAUUGAAACUGGUGUCUCCUUCUUCCUGAUAGUAAUUUAUUUUUGAAAUUCCAAAACAAUUUCACAGCUGAAUUUUGAGCGAGUUUCAGUUACGGACUUCUGCUCCAACGAUUUUUCUGAAAUUCCUCUGGCAUAUUUAUUAUAUCAAUUAAAGCCGAUACCAGAAAUUUCAGUAAAAAAUAUCAGGAAAUUUUUUUACUAGACGCGAUUUUCUUUGAACAGUAGGGUCCUUUUAAGCGCUAAUUUCUCAAGAAAUAUUUACCAUCAAUGAAAUCGGAAUAUUUCGUAUUAUUGCCGAAUGAUAUCUGUUGUUUUUUGUAAAGUUUCGCAGCCAUCGCGUUAAAAUCGAAAAAGUUACGACGAAAAAUUUGUCACAGCUAAAUGCUCUUGUAUUAAUUACGGAGCCACCUUAACGACGCCUACUUCCACUGUCUUCUUGGAGGAGCAAAGCAUGACGAAGCCCUAAGAACGUCUAGGUUAAGAAGGCUAGGCGCUAAGCGCCAGCAUGAAGUGCGUUUUGAAACCCGCUACAGACCUUUUCCGUGAUGAAUGUAACAGCUAGAAUGACAAGCGCAAACUUCAGGCAGUUCUGGAACUAUUUUAAUUUAAUCAUACACCUCUUCCUAGGUUUUCGAAGAUAAUGGCUGUCAUCGACAGAUUCUCAACUUACAAGUUCUUUGCUCAAACCUUGAAAAAGGAUGCGAAUGGACUGGGCCGCUUAGUGAUGUAGAGGUAAACCGUAUUCACCCCCUUAAACAUAUAUACUAUAGGCAAUUAGAAGAACAAUGCGACACUGCAGACCUUUUCCACACUAUUCCGACAGAAUAAAUUUGAAAACUUAACUCAGACCUCAAUUCCGUCCAUACUGAUAGGCCAAAGGCGUGUGGGCCACUGCAAGGGGAGGGGAGGAGGCAUUCAUAAAAGCAGUUUUGCACUAACCAUUUCUCCAAACCCUGUCGCUGAUAGUAACAUUUUUAAUCCCUUCUCUUCUCAAUUAAUCAGUCUCCUGAGCAGCCAGCAAGGUCUCUUAGCAAUAGAAUAAUGGUAGCCUGUUUAGCAGGCACCGGUUUUUUAACGGCGUAGAGAGAAGUUUCGAGGACGCCCGCGCACACGAGGCCUGUUCCCCUCGCGCGUUCUAUAAAAGCCGAAAAAGCCAACCGGCGCCGGCCACGCGGGCAAGAACAAUGAUGGCAAUAAUUACCUUUUUCUUUCUUGCUUAGAGUCACCAGGAAGUAUGCAGCUAUGUCAAGGUUGCCUGUCCAAAACACUGUGGAGCAUCUUUGGAACGUAGGAAUGUGCCAGAUCAUUCCCUCGAAUGUGCAAACAGAUUAACGAUUUGCACACACUGUGAUCAGCAAGUAGUCUUCAGUCACAUGAAUGUAAGUCCACUACUUUUUAACCAAAACAGCAAAGACAAAUACAAAUACUUGCGGUCGUAAAAAACACUGAGGUAGUCCACUGAUCCAGCCAGAAGUAGACUGAUACAUUAUAUUUUACUAAACCGAGUUCGACCGGUCCUUACUGUCAGCAAACGUAAUGAGAAAACGAAGUUAGUAAGAAGUUUGUUAAGUCUGUGUUUAAGUCGAGAUUGAAAGGGCAUCGAAGAUUUCAAUAUAAGUGGAACGAGCCGUGGUAUGAUCGACGCGCGUCAAAUGUCCUCAAAUCCUAAUCAACUGAGUGUACUGUAUAAAUCGUGACUGAGUAGUCAAAGACAUUCGUGUAACAGUGAACAUACCCAUAACCCAAGAUUACUUAAAACGAAAAAGUGUUUUUAAAAAGUGUCAUGAAUUGCAACCAAAACAAACUGAAUUUAGCGGUCCGUAGAAGCAUAGUAACUAUGGUGCAAGGAAAUGCGGCCCGCUAGAAUAACCAUGCUUGAAGCGCGGGAAAAAAUAUGCUUACUUUCUGCUACUUCUUUCCGAUUGGUUCAGAACUUGGCAGUUGUUUAAUCAAUCAUAAGGCAUUGAUUAAUUGGAAUUCCUGAUACUGUGUCUAAGUGCGGAAUAUAUUUCACACUUACGUGACUAUCUUCAACUCAAAUUUUGUCCUCCUGUAUUGUGUUGGGGGAGCUAAAACUGGAUUCCAGGCAUCGUCUUCUUCUAGCCUUACGGUUAAGCAAACGGGCAACAUUCAGUGCGUGCGUUCAACUUUUCGCGCAAAAUUAUUACAUUGCAAGUUGAAAAGCGUUGUUGCCGGUAUUACCACGUGGGCGCUCAGCAAAUUUCAUAGUUGCCCGUAUUAAUUGACCUUUAGUUCUAGAAACUUUGUAAUCUUUGUUUUUUGUUUUUGUAGUUGCACCUCCAAACUUGUGCCUCGUUCCCUGUGUCCUGUCCUGCUAACUGUGGCGAAAUAAACCUCACCAAGGAAAAGGUUUGUCCCACAUAAAUUCACUUAGAAAAAACGAUUGUUCUCAGUGCUAGAGUAUUUAAAUUAUUAAGUAACCAGAGAACAAAUGUACCGGCAGUGCAGCGUUGUGAUUCCUACUAGAAAUAAAAAAGUUUAAGUAAGGGUGAGCAAUUAAUAGACUUGCUACAAGUCGACCUCUUGGCGAGCGGAGCGAGCCUUUUUUGGCCGCGAAGCGGCCAAUUCGCCGUGAAGCGGCCGACCGCGAGCGACGAAGUCGCGAGAGGUCGACUUGUCUCGCUUGCAGGGUUUUCAUUUGCAUUUCGCGCCAAAAAUGGGGAGUGGCGUGACUCGCAUAUUUGGGGUCCCGCGCCAUAUGAAAUCCAACGAAGGACUUUUUUGAAAGUCUAGGUGAGCAAUUGUGAGAUUUCCGAUGAAACUGAUCGCAGUAUUAUCGAUUGGACUUUUACCUCUUGUGGGUGGUGUUUAAUGAUAGCAGUAAACAAGUAGACAUUUUUAACUAGAUUAUUAAAUACUAGUAAAUAAAUAAAUAAAUAUCUAUAUAAUCGAUACAGAUUGCAUUUAAUUUUUGUAUUGAAAGUUGUUUUGUUCGUUUGCUAUUUUUGUGUUGUGGCCCACUAGAUAGGUCUGACAUCUUUUAUCCUGACAGUUAUUAUCUUCGUCCAUUUUCUCAUAAAACCUUCCAUGAGACUCAAGAAGUCAGGUGAUGAGAAUGGAAAUGUUGAUCAGUCGUUUACCUUACGAAAAUUGCUGUUAGUUGAGAUGAACUCAUAGAGAAUGAUUCUCAAGCAGGGAAAAAUGAGAAUAUGGACCUCGGUAUAUCAAGAAGAAUUUCCUUAACUAUUGCUUGUCUCUCUGUCUUGUGUAUCUGUCUUAGUUGUUUUGUAGGUGGUGUGUAUCAGUCAAUGUUGUUUUGUUGUAAGCUGAUUCAGCAGACGUGUCGAUCAAGACAGUGACUGUCAGACAAACUCGACUCAGCAAGAACAGAGGACCUCACAGAACAUCAACUGACGACAGCCACUCCUAGGGUUUUUCUUAUUUAGCACAGUUUUAACAAAAAAGGGUUCCCGUCCCUUGACCAUGGCUAUGAUAUGGACGUCAGGGUUGGCCACUCUUAUUAUAGAAAGAGCGCUCUGCCUACAUGAUGUUAACCUGCGAUAGAGAUAAUAGGGAAAGGGCAUUAUUUCAGGCAAACCAGAUACUGGACAAAGAGUUCGUAAUGCACAAUUCUUGCAUAAAUGAGGCAAAAAUGAUGAUAAGGAGCGAGUUAAUAUUUCGUGACAUGUAUCCAAUCCCUUAAAGCGUUUGUGAUGUAAAAAGAAAAAAAAAUUGGAGAAGAUUGGAUACGAAAAUGAGUGAGGGAGACACGGCAAGGGACAGAAGAAAAUUAUUUGCAAAAACUCCCCGGGUUAAACGCGCAUUGCUGCAUUUAAAAAUCGCCCCAAAAUCUAAUAAAUAACAACUGCUUAUGAGACAGGUAUCAACAUCACUUUGAAGUCAGAUCAAGAAAAGCCUUUCGAGUCGCAUUGUUGUUUCUGAAUUGAUGACUUCUCACAGUGUCUACAUAUUUUCACCCUGUCGCCAAUUUUUGGGGCACACAAGAGUCAGCCUAAUAACGGUUGAAUGCAGUCGAAAUAAAAGAUUUACAAUGCAAUAACUUUUUUGGAUAUGUUACAUACAAGGCCCCUUAUAUGGAGAAUACCUGUUCCGGGCAGAAGGGUCCCCCUCCCAGCCUAGUCAACUUGAGCAAGCGUCUAUAUGAGAAAACAUUUGACCUCUUCAGUUGCCCAAGCCAAUCGCACCUGCCUUUACUGUGUAAAACAGCGCUUGCGCAUGCUCUAAUUUUCCGACCUUAACCAGGUUUAAUAUCCAGGUUAACCCGGCUGGGCGCAAUCUCGACCACAGAGCACUGGGGUCGAGAAUAGCCUCGGCAAGCCCAAGUGUUGAUACAGAGAAAAGAUGGCCCGGCUAGGAUAGUGGCCCUACCAUCACAAAAGAGAAAUCUGGCUAGACGGGUCCGCACCCUUCUCGCCAAACCAAUCUUUUUAUUUCUCUUGUAAACGGUUCGCCACCUUUUGUAAGGGAAUAUAGGAAAAGUUGGCUCGCCCAGGGUAACUCGAGUAAGCGGGUGACCCUUCAACUUUCCUCCAUAUAAAGGGAGCUUUAGUCUAGUCACUACCGUGGUUGAUUGAGAGUGCUUAGGGCAAAUCAAAUUUAGAACUCUUUUAGCUAGUUUGCAAGUAUUUGAUAUAGUCCUGAUUUGGAUGUGUUUCUUUUCUCUCUCCUUUUACAGCUCGCUAUCCACAUGAACUCCGAAUGUCCCUUGCUAGUGAUACAAUGCAAGUUCCAUGAAGCUGGAUGUGCCUUUAAGGUAUCAUAAGAAGACGAUCCUGUCACGCUUUAAGUCGUCCUCUUCUGAUCACUUGCUUUGACUUUUUAUCUUAUAUAGGAUAAUGCCUGAGCUCCGUCGGUGGCCUUCUUAAGAAUAAUGACCAAGCGAGGUUAUUAGAGAGAUUAAGAGUCACGUUUACGGCAAACGGCAGAUUCAAGCUGACAAUUUCUCAGAAUAGAAAAUAAGUACCCGCGAUAAAAACUGUCCAGAACAAUUCUUAUGUAUAAAACUGGCGUGAAACUACUUAUUUUCAUGUACAAGUAAUAAACAGUUAACGAAAACUAAGGGGAAAACUUGGUCACGUUGUGCAAAUUCACGUUUGCCGUUUGGAAAAAUCUCUCUAUUAUUUUUAAGAAGGCCGAACUGAGCAGGCCAUUAUUGUGGCUACUGAAGUGGAACGUGGGUUAUUAAUCGUCAUAAUGACCUCCUGUUCCACUUCAGUGACCUGCUCUUCCAUUUAUUGAAAAUAAUAACCUGUUUAAGACAAUGGAAAGGUGGAUUAAGUUCUUGGCAUACUGAUUGAGCGUAAUAGGUUACCGAUUGACUUACUAUAUUGGGGUCGAUUCAAACGUCGCAUUUCACUUUUGCCCAAUCUAUUGCAAAGUAGCGAGAACAAUAGAUUUGCUUCCUCGGCGUUUCAAUUCGGCGCAUGUGAAAUGCGAUGUUUGAACCCGGCUUAAGAUAAUCUUCUGAAAUAAUUAUAGUGAAUACCAAUAGAUAAGGACAUAAAAAAAGACAAUUUUUACUGUUUCGUCUUUUCGACAAGCGAUUAUUUUUAACAAGUCUUUUUUUACAGGCGGAACGAUUUAAGAUGAAGGAUCACUUAUCCAACAGCACUGAAGCCCAUCUGAACGCUCUGUGUGAUUUAGUGUACACCCAAAAGAAGCAGUUGGAAAACCAAAGGGAAAGAAUUCAGUUGCAAAAAGAGCACAUCCAACUCCAGAAGGAAACACUUCUUCUUCAAAAGCAGGAGAUCAUAGAUGUGAGAAGUCGCGCGGCAAAUGGAGAAUUUAUUUGGAGGAUUACGGACUUCACUCGAAAGCUAAUGGACGCCAAAUCAGGUCGCGCUCCUGAGCCGAUGAUCAGUGAGCCUUUCUACACCCACCCCCACGGGUAUAAAAUGUGCGCAGGUCUGUGGCUCAAUGGUGUUGGUACAGGAAGAGGAAGGUACAUAUCCGUGGGACUUCAGGUAAGUUAACCAAUAUAGUCCCGUUUUGAUGGUAAAAACUGAAAGCAUUUGAAGUAUUCCAUAAGAGGAUUCACUCACUAGGGUUUCAUUUCAACGUAAAACCUGAAGGUAUACCUUCCUGUUGCUCAUCGUAGUUAAGUUAAUCGUAACAUUCCUCAUUUACCCAAUCCCGCGGUUAAUUAUAUUCAUGUUACCGUCAUGGAAUCUCUGAGUUUAAGGGGGCAGUCUGGUUAACAGCAUUGUUUUUCGUUUAUUUCUGCCCUUUUUCUAAAAUAAGAUGGAGUCCUUGGUUCAAACAUUUUUUUGAGAAUUUUUGGGUGAUUUUUCGAAUGUUUUAAAUGUAAAAAAAAAUGAGGGGGAUGUUUAAAAUCUUAGAAAUCUGGAUUGUCUAUCUGUAGACAAAUACCAGAUAGUCAAUAGCGGACUAACUGGUUAUGUGUAUACCUUUUCUACCCCUAUAUAUUUCCUUCCCAAGUCAACAUUAUUAAGCCCAAAAAACAACGACUGCCCCCUUAACUCGCCCCCUUCUCGGAACUAGUCAUUAAGUGCAUGUCUAACUCUUUGAGACGACAUUUUUAAUGUUAUUUAUGGAUUUGUACAUUUGCGAUGGCCCAUCACAACAGUCAACGAACACCUAAUUGAACACAUGGUAUACCCUGUCAACUUUCCCUAUAGUCAACUGCGCGAUAUUUUUUUCCUGACGAUUAUUUUUCCCGAUAAUGUGUUUAUGACGGAAACAGCUAGUGAAAUCUUAGGGAAGACACGAGACAGUAGAAGGGGAAGAAAAGUACCGAGCAGUGAACCAGGAAAUUAAGAAGAGCAUAAAAAAGGCAAAAGAGUCUUGGAUCGACGUACAGUGUCAAGAUAUUGAAGAUACCGUCAAGAAGAACAAUAGCAAGAAAGCAUAUCAGCUAGUAAAAACUCUAACUAGCACAAAACAAGGACAAACCAACACCAUACAGGACAAAAACGGGAAUUGCCCAACCGAAACCUUAGACAUUCUAAAGAGGUGGACAGAAUACUGCGAAGAACUGUACAGACAUACAGUCGAAGGUGACUCAGAGGUGCUGAUUGUCCCACCAAUACGCAACACUGAUAACUACCCAAUCUUGCCGGAAGAGGUCGAAGCAGCUGUGAAAUCGCUUAAGAAGGGAAAAUCUCCAGGGAUAGACAAUAUCCCGGGGGAGCUUGUUCAGGCAGGAGGAGAUGCCGUGAUAAGCGCCUUGCAUAAAAUCUGCAGUAAGAUAUGGCAGACAAGAGAGUCGCCCAUACAAAGAAAGGUAACCUUCAACAGUGCAGGAACUACCGCACAAUUAGCGUAAUAUGCCACCCGAGUAAAGUCAUGCUGAAGAUGCUGUUAAACAGGAUGAAGCCUCAGGCAGAAUAAAUCAUUGCAGGAGAACAGGCAGGCUUCAGACCAGGACGCAGUACGACAGAACAGAUGUUCAAUCUUAGGAUACUGUGUGAUAGGUAUCUCCAACAUCAACAAGACCUUUAUCACGUCUUUAUUGAUUUUAAAAAGGCUUUUGACGGAGUAUGGCAUAAAGCUCUUUGGUCUACUAUCAGGCUUUAUAACAUUAACGCCAACCUGAUCCAAGUCAUUGAAAACCUCUGCAACAAGGCCAAUAGUGCAGUCUACCUUAAUGGCGGCAUAGGAGACUGGUUGAGAACCACUGUCGCAGUCAGGUAAGGGUGUCUACUCUCACCAACUCUUUUCAAUAUCUUUCUGGAGAGAAUUGUUACUGACGCACUAGAUUAUCGCCAAGGAACAGUCAGCAUCUGAGGCAGUACAAUUACCAACUUACGUUUUACCGAUGACAUCGAUGGCUUGGCAGGAAAAGAGGAGGAACUAGCCUCCCUGGUGGAUCGCCUGGAUAAGACCUCUGCGGCCUUUGGCACGAAAAGUAGUGCAGAGAAGACUAAACUGAUGACCAACAACACAAAUGGAAUCAGCAUUGACAUCAGAAUCAACAGUGAAAAGUUGAACAACGUUGACAGCUUGGAGUGAAAGGGUUGCCAGGUCCGUGGCGCCCUAACGGUCACCAUGACUACGGGAUAGGUGCAGGUUCAUCUUUAUGAACGAUAGUUCAUAAACUUAUUAACGGGAAGAAUAAUCGUUGUUUCGUUUCGUUGUUUUUCUGCUUAAAAACUUCAAUUUUCCAGGACAAUUUCUUACGCCAUAAUAAACGACGGAUCCUGUUUUAUGAGUCGGACGUGAGAAAUUGUCUUCUAUACCUGUGAUGAAUGUUUCUGAUUCCCUGGCGUGAAUCUCACGCAUCCGUUGAUUUUGCAAGUAUUCAUAGUUAAUACUGGAACACGCUAGAAGUUUUUAAAAAACACUUUUAAAAAUCCUCAAAAAGCGUUUGUAUUUUGUAUAUGUUAGGUGCAAGUUGGAGAAUACGACUCCAUUCAUAAGUGGCCAAUUUAUCCGCGAUAUACUUUCACGCUGCUUGAUCAACGAGGCGAGCACAAAGAAAGAAAAGAUAUCUCUGCCCACUUUGAGCCUCAGUGCAUUUCACGGCCUUCCGCCGACCGCCAGCUGGGAAAGGGCGCCCGAAGAUUUGUACUUCAAGAAGAUAUAUGUCAUGGCAGUUACUGCAAAGAUAACGUCGUUUAUCUCAAGUUCCAAGUCGCAUUAAAACAGCCUCCGUCUGGCUUUUUUAGAGUGUAA